GAAAGUGAAAGAAUCUCGUUUCGCAGUGCUCGUGGCAGCAAAGUUCUAGAAGAACGUUUGGCAAGUUUUAUUUUGCAAUACAGCGCAGCGCCUGUGCAUGUUUCUUACUGGAAGUUUCAGAUCCUCAAUCAGGCAAAAAACCCCCUUUAAAAAGAUUUGGCGAUGAAAGCCUAAAAAUCAGCAGUCAGGUGAAUAUAUAAUAUUAAUAAAAAUAAAAUACAAUGUGAUUAUAGUGACAUAUGUAUGUACAUAUAUUCGCGUACGUUUUUGUCAAAGCUUUUGAAACAGCAUCUCGAAAACAACGAGUGCCAUCAUUUAUUGAAAGAGUAUGCCGAAAAGAAAAGCCUUUCAGACGGAUUGCGUCGAGUUCUCGUAAAUGAGGCUGUUACUCUCCUGAGGGCUGAAUGCUCGAACUACCCUACCAAGAAUGAGCAAAAUGCGAUGGCUUUGGCUAUAACAAGCCUUUUCCCUAACCUCAAAUCAGACACAGGACAGAAUAUUUUCUUUGAUGCGGCAACUAAUACAGGAUAUCUAGUCUCCCGUCUAAAAAAUCUUAAUUUUAAAAGGAAAAAGCUCAAUAGAUUUCAACAUGAAGAAAAUGAUGUGGCGAAAGUUUCCUUGCCGUCCUUACAACAAUCUUGCUUGACCGAAGGUGACAUUGAAUUUUUUAAGAAUUGUGUGUUGCCCCAGCAGAGGUCAGCAUUGGAAGAAAGGCUUAAAAAAACUGUAAAGGAGAGAGCUCAUAUGUGUGCAAACGGCGCAAAUAUUCAUGAUAGUUUUCCUUUCUUUUUUGUGUAUCCCGAACUGGUAACUUAUAAAAACGAAGUUCAGUGCAUUGUAAAAUUGUGUACCCAAUUUUGACAAGUUUUCACUCUUUACUUUUUUUAAGUUUAU